AUGUUAGCUCGGACGAUACCCUCCUGCCUCUAUAAAGGGCAGGCUAUACAUCUUGCUAUUGCCCUGCUCCUGUUGCUGUCUCUACUCAUAAUAAACCGCUUCGGCAGUGGGAUGAUCACGAAUGUAUUCAAAGACAUACUGUCCAAGGUUCUCGACUACUAUUUGACACGACGUUAUCCGAUCUCCCAUGAAGUAACAGGAAGGCCACUUCCCGGGAGCCCGUACAGAUGGCCCAACGGACAGGGGGACGCCGACAAGUUUCUUGACGGCAUCGAGAAUCGUCAGGCAUGGGCGCAGGAGCAUGGAAAUGUCUAUCGCAUCUGGGCAGGAAUGAAACCAGAGGACGCGUCCCACCACAUUUACAGGGUGUUGCAAAAGCCAGAACAUGUGAAGCUCGUUUUCCGGGACUCGGACCGGCAUACCAAGGCAAGCAACAACGACUCGGGCUAUCUCAUGGGGGAGCUCCUGGGCCAGUGUCUGGGUCUGAUCAGUGGUUCGGAUUGGCGAGCUCUCCGGCGUGUCAGCGAGCCCACGUUCCGACACGGCACCGCCGUCGAAUACAUUGUCAGGAUCCAGCAAAGAGUGAAUGCCUACUGUGCCGCGCAUCAAGGACUGCGAAGCGGCACCAUUGACCCUGUGGCGGAUUUCAAGUUCCUCCCCUUUCUAAUCAUUGCCGAUAUCCUGUACGGCCCUGUCACAUCGGACAUGGAGGAAGAACUCUGCCAGAUGGCUUCCGAGCGCGAGAGGCUCUUCCGUUUUGUCAUCAAGGGUGGGCUGACCCGGUAUACAUGGUCGCGAUAUCUACCGAGCGACGCAAAUCGGGCGCUGAAGUCGUUCCAGGCCCAGUGGAGGUCCUUCAACCAGGCCGCCUUCCAGCGGGCUCGGGACCAGAAGAGGACAGAAACGCCAGUGUAUCAGCUUUUUGAGGCGGUGCGCGUUCGCCAAGUCAGCGCUGCGAACAUCUAUCAGACUCUCGAUGAAAUGCUAUUUGCCAACCUGGACGUCACUAUGGGCGCCUUGUCGUGGAACCUGGUUUUUCUUGCCGCAGAUCUCGACGCACAGGAGCGACUGUUUCAAGAGAUAAUGACCAAGGCGAGAGAAGGUGAGCAGAUGAUGCAGUACGUGCAAAGUAGUUCCACGUACCUCGCUUCUUGCAUCCUGGAAUCGUCUCGGCUCAAGCCUCUGGCAUCCUUCUCGGUCCCUCAGGCUGCACCAACCGAUCGAGUGAUCGACGGCUACGUAGUCCCCGCUGGAACCAGUUUCAUUGUCGAUUCCUACGCCUUGAACGUCGAGAAUGAGUUCUGGGGCCCGGACCGGCACGAGUAUAGGCCGGCCCGUUUUGAACAGCUUUCUACCUCCGAAACACGCUACCACAUGUGGCGAUUUGGGUUUGGUCCGCGCCAGUGCUUGGGUAGAUACGUCGCCGACUUGAUGCUCCGACUAUUCCUGCUUCAUCUGGUGCAAAACUGGACGCUGCGGCUUCCGGCUAGCGAGGGUGCCAGUUCGGAGGAUUGGAAACGGGAUCUGGAAAGCUGGAUUACCCAUCCCAGGGUGCAUCUAAUGUGUAAGCAGCGUCAAUAG